GGGGGACGUUUCGGGCAUUUUAUUUUUUAGACUUCUACUAUUUCUUCUUCUCCGUUUCUCUUUUCUUUUUGUCGAAGGUUCUCACGGUUGGUCGGAUAAUGAGGCGUCAUUUCGACCGGUGAAUUGCCUGACGUUAGUUUUUCUUUCACCACUUGUGUGCGUCUUCGGUGUAGUGUAUAGACUGCCGGCUUUGAACCUCCUCCGUCUCGUUAUACCGCAGCAGUUGCCUCGCUCGCUCUUUCAGCAACUCCUCGUGACGCGUCAACCGUGUCGGCUAAUUGUAAACGCCUGAUGAACUCGCCGCUGUUAACUUUGUAUAUGUCGUCCUGUAUGUAGAGUUGAGAAAGCGCAGGGGUGGAGCAAGGAUCGAUGGGGGGGGGAUCGCCACGCUAGUACCGUCUUUCAAUUUGCUAAGUGAUACGUUGUACUGGGAUGCAGCAAACCGGAAAAACGGCCCUUUACCUUGGCUCAGCCAAGUAGAUGAUGAUGAUGAUGGUGGUGGUGGUGGGUAUAAAGUUAACCAUUUUGUGCAGAUGGCGCUGGAAGCGGUAGAGAUCCUCGCCAGACCGUGUUUUCGUGAGUUGUUCCUCUUCUCGUUUUCUUUACGACCGGGACGUGACGUGAAAUAAGCCCAUAAUGCAAACCAACACGAAGAGGAGGAGGUUGAUGACGAUGGGGAGAAAAGUGUAGUGGUAAGAUGUUAAUUGGCAGUGGCAGCGCAUCUGUUGUGUCAUCGCAUUAGCAGCCGGUCCCGGUCGGCCGCCCAUUCGAAUAUCCAAUGAGUCUCAGGUGAAUCGCGCAACUUCUAGGAAAGAAAAAAAGAAGAAGAAAAAAAAGGGGAUUGGCUCAAGCGAUUAUUCCGCUCUUUCUCAAUGGCGAAUUUCAGCAACAACAGCAACAACAACAACCUUCACGGUUAUCUCAAAGAUUACUAAAAAGAAAAAUAAAUAAAAGGAGGAAAAGGAUAUCAAACUAGGGGGAAGUGACUUUUCUCGACCCUUCCCUCUCUUUUGAUUGCGUAACAGUUUUACAACAUCCACCCACCGGUAGAAAAUGCAGUGCAAUUCGCCUCGUGGUCCAGUGCGGAGGUCCGUUCUCCACGUCGUGUCAAUUAUCCUGUCAAUGUGAACUUUUAUCAUUUCUCUCUUCAAAGUGUUCAACACCCAGUGAGGCUGCCCAGCACACAUCUGAAUCCAUAGUCUUUCGCAGGUGGACAGGAAUUUUCCGGGAGAGUAGAAAAUUCCGUUGCUGGCCAUCUUAUUCCGUCUGCUGCCGUCAAGUGGAAUUUCCGCGACGUGACACGACGCAGCCGAGCAUCCAUCAACAAAACACACGGCGACAUUUUCGUUCCUUUUUUCUUUCAUCUUUUUGGAAAAACGAGAAACGAUAAAAAGAAAAGAACAGAAAAUAGAAGAAGAUGCCUUCGCGUUUCCUGACCCUUUGGUCGAUGCUGGCCAAGCCCGGCCAGCAGUCUACGUCCAGCACCAAGAAGAAGAAUAAGAAAGACACUUCGGCCUCGUCACAACAGGUUCACUACCGACCUGGCUUUAUGCCGGUCAUUCCGAUCUAUGGCGAAGAUAUGGCCACCAGUGGCAGCACCAGAAGCGUCCGCGAUGAAGUUUUGGUUAAAGAAGAAGAAGUGACAGCACCGACCGCUCGCGACCGUACAUUGACCAGACCGGCCAGCAGCGUUUUCCGUCGAUCGCUUCUCUUCCGUAAAUCCGGCGUUCCGGCCGGAAUCAGUAAAAACCAUCAGAGUGUCGACUCGCUGGCCGUCACGCGAGAAGAGAGUCGAUCCGUGUCGAAAAGUCAGUCCGUCAGCGGUCUGAGUCAACGGAGCUUGCGCGUCUGUCAAGCCAAACGAGUGGCACCGCCAAUUGUUCCGGAAUCGGCGACGGCUUCAACAUCGUCAUCGUCGUUGUCCGUACAACAGCAUCCCAACCACCAUCACCAACAACAGCAGCAGCAGCAGCAGCAGCAGCAGCAACAACAACAUCGUCAUUCCGGAUCUAGUUUCGAUUCGGGAGGUUCGGCCGAAUCGUCUUCCGGUGGCUACUGUUCGGGCACGGGAAGCUUGUCGAGCUGUCACGCUCCUUCGUCGUCGGCCUGGAGCCAAGCCGGCAGCGACCAGCGCAGCUCAAUCGGCCUGGACGACGCCUUUCUGCCGCCUCCACCCUCGUCGCCGGCCGCCCACGCCAACAACAACGCCGCCAACAACAAACACCACAUGUACAGUCGAGGAGAAAACGAGCCGGUGUAUAGCGGACGCAAUCUGGGCUCGCCCGGCUUUGGCGGACCUGGCGGUAUCUUUACUUAUCCGGCGUCAGGAGCCAACAGUCACCAUACCCAGAAUGGUAUCUACGGUCAGAUAGGGCAGUAUCGAUCCGGUAGCCAGUCGAGCUCUCAGCACGUGUCGUUCGCCAUGGAUAACAACCACCCGACUUCACCGGCAUCGGUGGGAUCGGGCUCAACUUCGGCCACUGCCAUUCCCAGCAUGACGUUGCUUCCGCAUCCAAAUUACAGUCAUCAGCUGUCGAUGGAAGAUCAAGGAAUCGAUCUGACGCAGAGUCCGGGCCGCGAGAGCCCGUCGAGUAGCAGCAGUACGGUCAGCGUGGGAUUGAAGAGCAACAUUAGCGGCGGGAGUAGCAGCGGAAGUAGCGCCGCGUCGGCUCUCCUGACGGGAUCCUCUUCCUGUCGCCACAGCACCACCAGCACGACGAGCUUAGACAGUGGAAGGGCAUCGGGCACUUAUGACAUCCACCAUCACCACGGGGCCAACCAGCGGCACGGCUCCACUUCGUCGACGUCAACCACGUCCACUUUCCACCAUCCAGGCGGUCAAAUGUUGUUGGUCCAGCACCAGCAACAGCAACGAUUCUCGGGCCAAUCGUACGAGAGCUGCUUGCGUAACAGCUACCACAGUUCUUCGUCCAGUUUGGGAUCGAGUGGAGGCAAAAUCGAUGACAUCCAUCGAAUCAAUAUUGGCGAAAUGCUUUCUCAAGGAAUGCCGGAACACGAGAUUCUUAAUGCCUGGUUGACGGAUCUGGGCUUCGAAGAAUAUUACGAUCUCUUUGUCCAGUCAGGUUACGACAUGCACACUAUCACCCGGAUGACUCCCGAGGACUUGACGGCCAUUGGGAUUCAAAAGCCAAACCACCGCAAAAAGCUUAAAGCUGAAAUGGCCCUGCUCCAAAUACCGGACGGGUUGCCUGAUUUCAAACCGGAAACGCUCGAAGAAUGGUUGGCUCUACUAGGACUGGCUGAGUACAGUCCCAGUUUGAGACGCCAGGGCUACAGAACGGUGGAAGAUGUCACCCAGCUGACGUGGGAGGAUCUAGAGGAUUUUGGAAUAUUACGACUUGGUCACCAGAAGAAAAUCAUGCUGGCCAUUAAGCGAGUGAAAGACAUUUUGGCUGGCAAGUACGUGCCGUUGCAGAUGCAACAGGGCGACGUAAUGGUUUCGCCAGGAGGUGAAAUGCACGAAAUGUCGUCUCUCUCGACGUUCCAGUACCGCAACGGAUCGGCAUCUUCAUCUCACUACGCUAUUCCGCCUUCCAUCAUGCGGCCUGUCUUCUUUAUGCCACAACAACAGGCUCAACCACAACCACAUUAUCAGCAGCAACAUCAUGUUCAGCAGCAGCAGCAACAACAACAACAGCAACCUAUUUACUAUCAUUAUCAACAGCCGACAUACCGCCCGGAUGUCGUGGCGAUUCAGGUUCACCGGAAUAGGUCAUCGGAAGACGUUCGAUCUUGCCAGCCUGGCCCUGUUGCAAACGCUGAGCCAGCUGCUCUCCAGCAGACGUUUUACAAGCCCGGAUGGCGUCAGAGGAGCUACGAGGAUGGUGACGUGACGCCGGUGAGCGAGCACAGUCAUCACCUUUUGCCGCAAGGGCAGAAUGUGCCGGGCGGUGGCACUUUACCGCGCCCGCGAGGAACAGUCAAACCUCGCCCAGUGGCCAAAAUCAGCGCCAAGACGAGAACCGAUUGUUGCCCCGAUCCAUCUGCACACCUUCACGAUGACCUCAAAGCUCUGUCCAUCAGUCCGCCUACACAGCCGCUGUACGGCACGCUCGGGAAGAAGAACCCGCCUCCUGCCCCGCCCAAACGUGCCAGCAGCAGCUCCAUCUCGGCGGAGAGCGAGGCGGCCGAGCCCAUUUACGGACGGAGUGCCAAGUCUAGUCCCUUGCCGCUACCGCCUCCGCCACCCGUCACUGCCGCCGAUUCAAUGAGCCUCCUGGCUUAUUCGGAUGACUCAGAGGAUUUCCCUCCUCCGCCAGCGCCGAUUACAGCAUCCGACUCGUACCUGCAACACGGGCAGCACGCCUCUUCGGCUGCCGCCUCUGUCCGCGAACGACUCGACAACAUCCUCCAGCGCACGGGUGCUGGGCAUUGGCCAGCUCGCCCCCAUUCGCAACAGUCUCAUUAUGGAGUCCCCAACGCUACACCUAGUCGCCCCAACAGCACCAUGUCCUCCAUGAAGAUGGUCUCGACCAGAGAAUGCAGUCCAAGCGAAAGCAUUGAAACUUCAGAUACCGAACCGGGAAGCCCGGCCAUGGAAUUCCGUCAACGCCGGAAUGGAUCCGAUGCCAGUUUCAAGCAGUCGACGUCCAGCACGGAAUCGGAUUCAAUGCCGUUUGCCAACGACAACGCCGGUACCAUCAAACAGCGAAGUGCGCGGGCUCACCCGGCCCUUGCGGCACUGACGUACUCUUCUUCCUCUGUCGCCGCCGUUCUGUCUCCGUCACUCGGCCGACGGGCGCCAUCCACCAGCAACGCCAACACCAACACCAACAUAAAUCUCGGAACUAGCGACGUGUUGAACGACAUUGGCAACAUGCUAGCUGACUUGACGGACGAAUUGGACUCUAUGUUGGAAGAGGAAAGCAGUAACCAGCCCAUAAGGCAGAAAUCUUAAAAUGGAAAAUGGGGGGACGCAAAAAACGUUGUUUGUAAUUAUAUAUAUCUUAACCUGGAUUUUUAAACGUUUGCUGAUCCCCUAGGCCCCCCCCCCCCUCCCUUCCCUUGGAAUGAGAAAAACGUUCCGGGCUCCACUUUUUUGUUUAAAGCCAGCCAGCUGCGUCAAAGUGCCUAGUUCACAAGCAUGUCUCGUAAAGCAAGCAUGAUCCAUCUGGAUUGAUGAAACAGUUGAUGAACAAGUGUUGGAAAUUCCUAUAUUCUUAUUUCUCCCUUUUUCUUCUUCAAUUUAACACUGGUCCAUCUCGAUGGAAAUGAUUUCUUUUACGUUACGUGACGAUUUUAACUGUUGGGAUCAUUUUUUUCCCCUUUUUUUUUGUUUCACCGUCCUUUUGUUAUGUGUUGCCCGCCCAGCCAACUGAUGUACCUAUAUUAUAUUGUAUGUAAUACAUGUACACGUUUAUCGUAUCCCACUUUUGUGCAGAUAAACGGUGUCUGUAAGCCAACUGCACGGUUUUUUUUAAAUGAAAAAAACAAGCCCUCCUCAAUGUCGACGACUGGUUUGUAACCCUUGUAUUUUUCAUCCAAUCUACCCGUUUUGAGUGCUCCUCCUCCCGUCGUCCUUUGAUUUAUGCUAGCUUUUGAUCUACACACUAAAUAAAAAGAUUACAGUGAAA